AAAAUCGAAUUCGGUAAAACUCUUUUGGAAUCUGAGAUAGUUGAUGAAGAGGUCCAAUUACAGUGGAAAAAAGGGAUGGUAGAGUUCGAAGGAAUAGGUCUCCGCCAUCUUAAAGAAACUUCGUCCGCUGUGCAAGAAAAACAAAUAUCGUCUUACAAACAGAAUGCCUCAAAAGUCGAUGAAGAAACAGUUUCUGCAACAUCAAUCAAAAAGAAUAAUAGAAGUGAAAUUACCGAUGAUUCCGAAAUUAUCGACGAGGUACCCUUGACGGAUUGGGAACUUGACACACCAAUUCCAAGCUGGAUACAAAAAGCAAUGGAAUGA